AUUUAUCUUCUCUCUGUUUGUAUGAUAUUAGCGUUACACCUCAACUACGAAUUCUGCAGGCGCCACAGUUGACUUCGCAGCUUCGCACGCUGAUUGAGGGAAGUAACAAUGGUCAGGCUUAACGUGCUCGCUGAUGCUUUGAAAUCCAUAUGCAAUGCAGAGAGGCGCAAAAAGCGUCAGGUCUUAAUCCGACCGUCAUCCAAAGUCAUAGUACGCUUUUUAAGAGUGAUGCAGAGGAAAGGUUACAUCGGAGAGUUCGAAAUCGUUGAUGACCAUCGUUCUGGAAAGAUUGUUGUACAGCUAAAUGGACGUCUCAACAAAUGUGGUGUAAUCAGCCCUCGAUUCGACAUGGGUGUCCGUGACACCGAAAGAUGGACAAGAAAUUUGCUUCCUUCUCGUCAAUUCGGUUAUCUUGUUCUUACUACAAGCUCCGGUAUAAUGGAUCACGAAGAAGCUCACAGAAAACAUCUUGGUGGUAAACUGCUGGGAUUCUUCUUCUAAAUAAAGUUUGACUUGCGG